AUGUUGAGAGCUAUUAAUGGUUGUGCCACUAUAACAGUCAGACCUUUGAGAUGGGCUGCAGCGUUCAGACCGUAUCAUUCGUAUGACCACUUGAACUUUGAUGAUGAGCUCAAGUCUUUGAAUCAAUCAUCAUUGAAACACCAGAUAUUGUCAGAUACCAUCAACAACUCUAUCAAGAACUACGGAAUCACCAGUGCUGCUGUGGACUCAUCCAUGAACUCUUUUGUGCGCUCCAAUGAGCGCUUCCAGAAUAAAUCAUCAAAUAUCGGGGUGAUAUUUGAUGAUGACAAGGACGUUGAAUUGGUCAACCAUUAUUUGGAACAAACCAGAAUUUCUUUACAGAAAGAUAUCGAAACAGAAGAGUUUAAAAAACUCCCUACCGAAAUAUCAAAACUUAAAUUUUUGAUGUUCAAGAGAAUUCAAUCCAAUAUCAACUUGAUGGCGAACGGAGGCGACAAUUACAAAUUGCACGACAACUUACGCUCGUUAUUGGCGCUUUUGGUCCAACCAACAAAUAUUCCAAGCUCUUUGGAACAAUUGUCGAAAUUAUCCGAUGAUUUGUUGUUCUACUCUGGUGACCAAUCUCAUGAAUUCGACUGGUAUGAAAAACGAUUUAAAAUCGCCGCAAUUUACGUGAAAACCGAAUUAUUCAUGUUAACCGAUCAAAGUAAAGGGUUCACACGUACUUUUCGGUUCAUCGAAGACCAAUUGAAGCUCUACAAUGACGUGAACAAUCUUGUUGAUAAUGCUCAACAGUGGUUGGUAUUUAACGGGUUUUCUUUAAUCAACUUGAUUAAGAGCCAACUUUCAAGAGGUUGA